AACGGCUCGAUAAAAGAGGGGCUUGAGCGGCGAGGCCCUGCCCCCUUCUUCUUCUUCCCCACCACGCCACACCCCCACCCCCACCGCCGACGCACUGCCUCCUCCCCCAGCCCCGGCACUGUGCAGCGCAUCGCCGAGGCUUGCAGGGGCUGCGCGGAGGCCCCCGCUGCCGCGGACUCGCGCCAUGAUGCCUCAACGGGGCGCCCCGCCGUCGCUCCGCGGCCCCGUGCCGCUCGGCCGCCGGCCCCGGGAUCUCGUCAUCAAGGUCAAAUAUGGCGGCACUCUCAAGCGGUUCGGUGCUUCUGUGAAUGGUUCAAACUUGGAUCAUAAUCUUGCUGCCCUUCGGUUGAAGAUUGCAAAUGCUUUUAAGUUCAGUCCUGAUGAUGAAUUGAUUCUCACAUAUACUGAUGAGGAUGGAGAUGUUGUCAUGCUGGAUGAUGAUGAUGAUUUACGUGAUGCAGCUGUUAGUCAGGAGCUGAACCCUCUUAGGAUUGAUGUCCAGUUGAAAAGCAGCAGUGCUGGGGCACCUCAGCCUAACCAGCAGGUAUUGAAUUCCCGGUCUAAGAUGUCUGCAGCUAUGGAAGAUCAACUAGCUCAGGUGAAAUCAGCUAUUGAUGAAGCGUUGAAGUUUGUACCAGAGCAAGUUCCUGCUGUCCUUGCUAAACUAUCGCAUGAGCUGCGCUCUAAAGCUGCAUCAUCGGCAUCACCGGUGCAUGAGUUGCUGGAUUGUAUUGCUAAACUGGUAACACCCAAGAGCGGUAUGCAACCUACCAGGGGUCUCUCUGAUAGUUCGUCUGGCUCCUCUAAUGGUAAUCUACAAACAGUGAGAGACAUAAAAAAUAAUCAUGCAUCUGAAUCUGCAACAGUUUCAGCUUCACAUUCGCAACAUGCUAAAUCAUCUGGAGCACUUGGUCUUAAGAGUGUGCUAGUUGAGAAGACCAAUGCUCAAGUUCAACAAGCACCAGGCUGUACGUCAACUGGGGUUCCAUCUGUUUUAGUUGGUUCUGGUGGAAAACUCUGGUAUCAUAAGAAAAGAACUGAUGCCCUGAGUAAGGGGAAAUCACAUGCCCAAAGUAUUGGGAAACCUGUCAUAUCUUCUUCCGUGCCACCUGUUCCUUCAUUUGCUCUUGGUGGCUCUACUCUUGGUUCUGCUAAUGGGUAUAUGCCCUUUGGGUCUGUCGGAAAGAUCAACGGUGAUUCAAGUUCAGCCUUCCCUCCCCCCAGAGGCCCUCCGAUUAGUUCAAUUCCAGCCUUUGAAACUAGCCCUAGACUUCCCUCUUAUUGUCCAGUUCCAACCCAUGGUUUGCAGAAGGCAUUCCCUCCUCCACCUGCACAUGACUACAAUCAGUUCAGGUUCAGUAGGCCUUCAUCAGUUAAUCCAUAUGGAAUUUAUCAAGAUCCCUACUCAUUUGGUUCAUACAGUGGGUAUGGUAUCCCACAGCAGUCGAUUCAUAAAUGGGUAGAAUGUGAUGGCUGCGGGGUGACACCGAUUGUUGGGUCUCGCUUCAAGUCCACCGUCAAACAUAACUAUGAUCUAUGCUGUGCUUGUUUCUAUCGCAUGGGCAAUGAGGCUGAAUAUACCAGAAUGGACAAGCCGCUCUCAGUAAGUGAAAGAUUGAGAAACCUGAAUAAGGAUAAGAGGUUCCUCCAACUUGACUGCCGUUUUGUCAAGGAUCUCACUGUCCCUGAUGGAACACGAAUGGCUCCAUCAACUCCAUUUCGUAAGAUUUGGUCCAUGCGGAACAAUGGAACUAUCGUAUGGCCUUAUGGAACCCACCUUGCCUGGGUUGGUGGAGAUGAAUUUGCUCGCCAAAGCUCAGUGAAAUUAGCGGUUCCAGAGGCUGGUUUCCCCUUAGAUGGAGAAAUUGAUGUUUAUGUUGACUUUGUUUCACCUGCGAAACCUGGUAGGUACAUAUCGUACUGGAGACUAACAUCGCCGGACCUACAGAAAUUUGGUCAACAAGUUUGGGUUCUUAUCGAGGUGGAACAGCCUGUAAGAGCCAGUGGUGACAACCAAACUGCUGCAAUAGACUUGAACUUGCCUGCAGACAGCAACCCCACAACAUUGAGGCCUUCCAUUGUGCAGCGCCGCCCUCUGAACUUCUUGAACUUGCCUGCAGAAGGCAGCACUGCAACCUGGACCACAGAUUCUGCAUCUGACAAUGACGAGGACGGCGUAUCUCUGUGUGAUGUGAUUGCCACGCUGGGACGAAAGGGAUCCAAAGCGGUUGGAAGUGUUGUGCCCCCUGCACCGGCAGCACAUGAACCAGUUCAUGUACCCAUGGCUUAUCCCCAGGCAGAACCAGUUCAAGUGCCCAUCGCUUAUCCCCAGGCAGAACCAGUUCAAGUGCCCAUCGCUUAUCCCCAGGCAGCAGAUGAACCAGUUCAAGCACCAGUCGUUUAUUCCCAGGCAGCAGAUGAACCAGUUCAAGUACCCGUUGCUUAUCCCCAGGCCUCAUCUGCUGAAGCUCUAGGGAUGCCUGCUGGUGUGCCUGCACCUGAAGCCGCACCACUGAUGGAACACAUCAGUAUGCCAGAACCUCUACCUGCAGCUAUUCUUGACAAUUCACAUGUUGCUCCUGUUAGCAUGCCUUUGCCUGAUGAAACCAUCAACAACGACAUGGAGGAGAACCUUCUGAGGGAACUGGUGGACAUGGGCUUCAGGCAGGUUGACCUGAACAAGGAGGUGCUUCGGCAGAAUGAGUAUGAUCUCCAGAAGUCGGUGGAUGACCUGUGCGGCUUCCAUGAAUGGGAUCCGCUCCUUGUGGAGCUGAAGGAACUGGGUUUUGAUGAUUGACACAGAUCUAAAGAAGUGGUCGAGCAAGAACCAUGAAGUUCCAUGAAGUGUGUGGUGAUGGAUCUUCUGUCCAUAGAGAAGGAGCGGUGAUGGCCUCCUGCGCUCGUCUGCUGGAGCGCCGCUGCCUUGUAGUAACCUAGAUAUAGAUAAAGUAGUAGUAUAUAAUGUAAUGCGGGAAUAACCAGACGAACUGAAGUGAUGCCGCAUAAUGCAGUGCACUGCAGCCGCAGUAGUGGUAGCAGACAGUAAGCAGGACCAUAAUAGUCUGGCUCUCCGGUGACUUACCGCUCGUGUUUGCCUUUCGUGUAAGCAGGUACCUUAUCAGGCGAACUGCUAGUAUGGUUUAUGAGUAUAUGUUUAUAUCUGUC